CCGAAGCUGCCGCUGUUGCUGCUGCGUCUGCGUAUGUUAGUACAGAGCGCCCGCAGAAAAACACUCUGUACUCUACUGUUUUCUCUCUGAGUGGCUUGACAGUGCAGAAAAAUGUCGAAACCGGGGGUCUCUAGGAUGACCUCUGUAGCCAUGGAACAGAUGAAGAUGUCGGGGUCUGGUCGAGCAAUUGCAGUACUGACAAGUGGCGGAGAUGCCCAAGGAAUGAAUGCUGCGGUCCGGGCUGUGACCAGGAUGGGUAUUUAUGUUGGAGCCAAGGUCUAUCUCGUCCAUGAGGGCUACCAGGGCCUGGUAGAUGGAGGAGAUAACAUCAAACUGGCCCACUGGCACAGUGUGACCAACAUCAUCCAACUGGGCGGCACGGUGAUCGGUAGCGCGCGCUGCAAGGCCUUCACCACCCGCGAGGGCCGGCUGUCGGCCGCCUUCAACCUGGUGAAGCGCGGCAUCACCAACCUGUGCGUGUGCGGCGGAGACGGCAGCCUCACCGGGGCCAACAUCUUCCGCAGCGAGUGGACCGGCCUGCUGGCCGAGCUGGUGGAGAAAGGCAGGAUCUCGGACUCCUCAGCUAAGCAGUAUGAUCACCUGAACAUCGUGGGCCUGGUGGGCUCCAUCGAUAACGACUUCUGCGGGACGGACAUGACCAUCGGCGCCGACUCCGCCCUGCAUCGCAUCAUGGAGAUCGUGGAUGCUAUCACCACCACGGCACAGAGCCACCAGCGAGCGUUCGUGCUGGAAGUCAUGGGAAGACACUGUGGGUACCUGGCUCUGGUGUCUGCGCUGGCCUCAGGUGCGGACUGGCUCUUCAUCCCUGAGAACCCACCUGAGGAGAACUGGGAGGACCUCAUGUGUGCCCGCCUGGAGUCGAGCCGCAGCAAGGGCUCCAGGCUGAACAUCGUCAUCAUGGCUGAAGGGGCCCUCUCAUUGUCUGGAGAGCCCAUCUCCUCCACCUAUGUCAAAGAUUUGAUUGUGAAGAGGCUGGGUUAUGACACCAGAGUGACGGUGCUUGGGCACGUCCAGAGGGGAGGCACACCGUCGGCCUUCGACAGAGUUUUAAGCAGUAGGCUGGGCGUGGAGGCAGUGAUCGCACUGUUGGAGGCUACGCCCGACACCCCAGCCUGUGUCAUCGGCCUGUCGGGUAACCAGGCAACCAGGCUCCCCCUGAUGGAGUGUGUGGAGAUGACUAAAGAAGUCCAGAAGGCCAUGAAUGAGAAGCGUUUUGAUGAAACAAUUCAGCUUAGAGGCAGGAGCUUCGAGAACAACUGGAAUAUUUACAAGCUACUUGCUCACCAGAAACCAGCUCAAGACAAGAGCAGCUACUCGAUGGCGAUCCUGAACGUGGGUGCCCCAGCCGCGGGCAUGAACGCCGCAGUGCGCUCGGCUGUCAGAGUGGCUUUGGCCCAGGGGCACCGGGUCUACACCGUCAACGACGGCUUCUACGGACUCGCCAACGGACAGGUGUCUGAAAUACAGUGGCAUGACGUGGCAGGCUGGACGGGCCAAGGGGGCUCAAUACUGGGCACCAAACGGACUCUGCCAAGCACUUGCAUGGAGCAACUGGUGGAGAACGUCAAUAAGUUCAACAUCCAGUCAAUGCUAGUUAUUGGAGGUUUUGAGGCGUACGAGGGCAUCUUGGAGCUGGUUGAGGGGCGCGGUCGCUAUGACGAACUCUGCAUCCCUAUGUGCAUCAUCCCAGCCACCAUCAGCAACAACGUCCCGGGUACCGACUUCAGCCUUGGGUCUGACACCGCCGUCAACUCGGCCAUGUCUAGCUGCGACAAGAUCAAGCAGUCCGCAUCGGGCACCAAGAGACGGGUGUUUGUCGUGGAAACCAUGGGGGGUUACUGUGGUUACCUGGCAACCACCACUGGCAUCGCCGUGGGUGCUGACGCUGCCUAUAUCUUUGAAGAUCCCUUCAACAUCCAGGAUCUGAAGAUGAACGUGGAGCAUCUGACGGAGAAGAUGAAGAAGGACAUCCAGAGAGGUCUGGUGCUGAGGAAUGAGAAGUGCCAUGAGCACUACACCACGGACUUCAUCCACAAGCUGUACUCCUCUGAGGGGCGGGGCAUCUUCGACUGCAGGGUCAACAUCCUGGGGCAUCUCCAGCAGGGAGGGGCGCCUUCCCCCUUUGACAGGAACUUCGGCACCAAGCUGGGAGUGAGGGCGGUGCAGUGGCUCUCUGAGAAGAUGGUGGAGAACUUCAGACAAGGGAGGGUGUUUGCCAACGCCCCAGAAACAGCGUGUGUUAUCGGCCUGAACAAGAAGGUGCUGGCCUUCAGUCCUGUGACCGAGCUCAAGGAUCAGACCGAUUUUAAACAUAGGAUGCCCAAGGUGGAGUGGUGGCUGAAUCUUCGCCUCAUGCUGAAGAUGCUGGCCAAGUACCAGACCAGCUUUGACGAGUACGUCACCGGGGAGAUCGAACACGUGACCCGCCGAUCUCUGAGCAUAGAAACCGGCUUCUGAGGAAAACAGAAAACAAACAAACAAACAAACCAACACACACACAAACAAACAACAGAAAACCAAGACCAGCAUCAACUAGCCAACACAUCACGUCACAUCCUACACUCCAUCCAAACUCUCUCACCUCAAUAGUACAUCCCUCACUCAGUCUCACCUGUUGAUGUGCCUGAACCACACAGACCAAAUCACUCAGGACCCACUCAGAUUUCAGGACCAAAUCCUAACUCCUAUCAGGGCUGUUGACGUACCAGAGGGCUGCUGUUAAAGUGCUUUAGUCCCUUUAAUGCAGCGAUAUAUAACUCAAAGCCUUAAUCAAUCAAAGAUAAAUCAGUUGACUUUUCAUUUUAAGUCAUCAGCUUGGAUUUAGAUUGUGUGGCAAUGUGAUUAGAAGAAUCUUGAAUGUGAAUUUGUGCUCCGAACAAUCAGCUUGUCAGGCUGAAUAGGACUAUAAACUCAUGCAAUUGAGGACCUCAGCAAUGCAGUGUUAAAAAUAUUAACAAGGCGGGUUGACUUAUAGGUGGGGGUGAUAUGGUGUAAGGCAUCCAUUUUAUUAUCAUGAGCAGUGGUUAUCAAUAUCAAGACAGCACACCACUACAUGCUGAUGCUGGUGUGUGUCUGUGUGAACUCUAUGUGCCAGUGCUUCAAUACCGUCAGGUCGUUAUGUCCAAAUUACACACUGCUUGCUGUUCACCUCCCACUAGGGCGUGACAUGGCACGCACUUGAAAUGCACUCCAGCAGAAAUCCUUCUCAUUCCACGCACCUUAUUAAAAGGGAUAAAAGCCUGAUCGCCUGUCUCUCACCUGAACUGCACUGUAGAUCAUAACUCCUGAUAAACUACUGGAACAACCAAAGGCUCACAGAAGAGUCCUACACAACUAUGCUGCGCAGGGGCAUCUGCCUGUACAAUACUGUUUUAUGUAGACAGUCGGAAGACACGUGCUUUAACAUCCACCAGUAAUCAACUCAACUGUGGUCCAAAGUACUUACAAUCUGGUGGUCCGAAGUACUCAUAAUAUGGUGCUUUAUUAAUGCUCUGCAGUCUGCACCGACGUUUCUCAUUUCUCCCUAAUGUCUGAUGCAGCUGUGCUCAUGUGUAGUCAAACUCGUCCAAAUUUGUCCAUGCACUAACUAACCCGUUGGCUUUUAUGCAAAAUGCAAUAUUUGUGGCUGAUCUCGUCCUCCACUGUGGUGUUAUUGUAUAAGAUAUUGCACAUCUAGUGUGCUGUGCCGUGAUUGUCACCGAUUUUAUGAAUAUUUUGUGAAAAGUUAAAUAACUUUUUUUUUAAAAUUGUAUUUGACAUAUAUUAAGCGUCUUGUACAUCGAUUUGUUAAUCAACCCCUCCAAACUAGGCUGGUAACAGUGCUUCUAUACUGUAUGUGCAAUCGUUUUCAAAGAAAAUGUAUUGUCUGUGACUGUAUGUGACCGUGACAAAUGAACUGUUAGUGGUGUUGUCGUAGCACUCCAAUAGGAAGAUACAAUGUGUAUCCUCAGUAGUAGAACUUCAGUGUCAUGACUGAAUGUCAUUUAUGAUGAAUCCAUAACAUGGUGGUUAAUUAGACAUUCUGCCUUUGAUUCCAGUCCUUUUUUUUUAUUAUUAUUUUUUUAUUUGGUAUUUCUUUCAAGUAACAUGUCAUACCAAGUGUAUGGCCGUAUUUGUGUAAACACUACCACCUGAAUGUAAGAAAACAAUAAAGUCAACAAUGAAUA